AUGCCGUACAAUCUUAGAGGAAGAAAUGUCCUGGUGACCGGGGGUUCACGGGGUUUGGGCGCUCUAAUUGUUCAGAAGCUAGCGGCAGAGGAUUGCAACGUGGCGAUCAACUAUGUAUCAAACAUUGGGCGAGCCGAAGAGAUCGCAGCAUUGAUUGAGGAGGAAUAUAAGGUCAAGACAUUCAUCAUUCAAGGUGAUGCUGGUGUCCAAGAGGACUGUACCAGGAUGGUAAGAGACACCAUUGGAGCGUUUGGAGGACUUGAUAUCAUCAUCUCCAAUGCAGGAUGGACCAAGUUCACAGAGUUUGGAAAUUUAUACGCCAUGACGGAGGAAGACUGGGAUAAAUGUUGGGCGGUCAAUGUCAAGAGCAACCUCUAUCUUUUGCGCGAAGCGGCCUCUACAUUCAACGCCAAUCCUGAUGGCGGGGUGUUCCUCGUAACUUCGUCCAUCGCAGCCAUUUCUCCAUCCGGAAGCUCUAUGCCUUAUUCGGUGACGAAGGCGGCCGGACUGCAUUUGAUGAAGGCACUGGCAGUAACACAGGGGCCGAAGAUCAGAGUGAACGCCAUAUUGCCUGGAUUACUUCUCACAGAAUGGGUACAGUGUCUGAGAUGGGACUUCGCGGAAGUCUUGACUGAUACGCCCUAUGGGGAUUGA